AUGGCAGAGCUGAGGGCUGAGUCGCAACACGGCAACCUAUGGUCCAACUAUGGAAAUCCGGUACAAAUGGCUGGCCGUUUUAACCCGCAGGACCCAUCAGCAUCGGUGCCACCACCAUCAUCAUCGCAUCUUGUGCGUCCCAGGAGCCACCACACUAUGGACUACCCGCAAUACCAACCUGGCCGGCCCGGCCAAGAGGAGGGCGAGCCGUACGACCGAUACCCGCACCCAUCAAUGAACAUCCCCAGUAUCAACAGCCUGAAGCGGCCAUACUCGCAAGUAGACCAGGCCCCGUACACCGAGAUGGUCCAGGACCUGCGGGAUGACUACAAGCCGCCAAACCAUGACCAAAAGCUCCUGUCGUUCAAGAAGGUCGGGGACAAGCACACCAUCGUUGACGCAAAGGGCCGGAUCCAUGAGAUGGAGAUUGACGCGCAGCUGCACGGCAUGUUCUUUCUCUCCGAGUUUCCCUCCGGAGCUGGCGACGGCAACGCACUCAACGCCGAGUUGACGUGUUACCGACGCAACCUUUUCCAGAUCAGCGGCAGCCUAUGCUUUCCGCAGAUCCCCCUCUCGGUGCUCCUCGAGUCGGGCGAGACGAGCCAGAUCAAGAACAUGGAGGUCAGCAUCUCGGCGAUUGAAUCCGUCGACGGUCACCCAGUGCGCCUUAUCGUGAUCCCUUGGAAGACGCCGCCGCCGAACUCGCCCGAGACAAACCAAGCGCCUGACCAAGAGCCCCCGACGCUACCCCUGAUUCCGCCGUCCGAGGAGGAGGAGGAAAAUGGGGGCGACCAUUACGCCAUUUACCCGAUCGGUUGGAGGCGGCUGCAGUUCAGGAUAGCGACGGCAAACAAUGGGAGGAGGAAGGAGCUCCAACAGCACUUUGUGCUACACCUGAAGUUGCACGGGACCCUGGCCAACGGGCAGAAACUAGUGCUCUCCGAGAUGACGACAGCGCCGAUUGUUGUGCGUGGGCGGAGUCCGAGGAAUUUCCAGGCAAGGAAGGAGAUCCCGCUGCUUGGGUCGAGUGCUGGUUCGCGGGGACAAACAUUAGUCGAGACGGGCCAUGGUAUCGUCGCGCAGGCUGUCAUCCUCAACAAGCCCCCAUACGACUCGCGCCCGCGCCUGUCUAGCUUGGAUGUACCCCGGUCUGCAUUCACAUUUACCGCGCCGAAGCAAAUGCCGCAAAGUCCGAUGCAGAUGCGGUCCAACUCUUACCCAACAACAUGGAACCCUCCGCCGCAAGUCUCGAUGCCGCACACUCCCGGGUCGGCAACCUACCCAGCCUCUACAAUACCCGCAGAUCCAUACCCGAAGAUGCCCCUAUCCGGGGCUCAAACCUUCACGGCCGAACCCCAAGAAAUGCCUAUGCAACCGACCUCGAUGGGUCCCUCAGUCCAGCUCCCGCUCUCGGCAUCCCACGAUCCACACCAACACCAACAUCACCAACAUCCCCACCAACAACAACCUCAACCCCCAAUCCGCACCCAAUUCGCAACCUACACCUCAGCCCCGCCGCACCACCUCUCCCUCUCCUCAACAACGGGCACCACCUCUCCGGACAACUCGCUCGCAGUGCCCCGCUACAUUGGCGAUGCCAACCCGCGGCCAUCCAAGUCGCCGCGCCAUGCGAGCCACCAGUCGGUCACCUCGUCCAUCUCGAACGAAACCGCGUCGGGCGAGUAUCGCUACGGCCCGCCACCUCCCCAAACGCAGGGCGGCGGCUACCCGGCCCCGGAAACAAGCCCGCAGAGCCAACACCCGGCGCUUCCCCCGCCUCCGCAGAUCGGGGCGGGACAGCAAGGGGCUUACGCCCAAGACGGAGGGGCUUCGCAGUCUGCGGCUGCCGGACCUGGCGGACAGGCGCCGCCGCCUCGGGACUACUUCCCCACGUCGCAGGGUUGGACGACGACCGCGGGCGGCGGCGGAGACGCGGCUGGCGGGCCCGGACACGGCGUGGAGAGGCCGUACGGAUAUCCCACUGCUACUGCCGGGAGUGGCGCCAGCGGGCAUCACCACGGGGUGAAGGCGGAGACGCAUCCCCAUGCGGCCGCGGGUGCUGCGCAGACCGCACCACAAGGUGGAUACGGCUAUGCGUGGAACACGGCGUGA